GUAAAAAGUUGAGAAGACAUAAUAAUGAAUGAAAAAAGCAAAAAGACUCGUAAGGACACGAAAGAGUUGUUUCGACCACAACUUACACCACGUGUCCUAUCCUAUGUUUUCAAACAAAACUGAGUCCUUUCUCAAGCUCCCAUAGCUACAAUCCAUGGCGACUCCACCUCUUCUUCUUCUUCUUCUUCCUCUGCUACUCUUCUUUCUGUUACAGCCCUGCACCUUACAGCUUGUGCUGUCUGCCUCCAUAGUCAACUAUCUCCCUGGUUUUCAAGGACCUCUGCCUUUUCAUCUUGAAGCAGGGUAUAUCGGAGUUGGUGAAUCGGAGGACGCCCAGCUUUUCUACUACUUUGUAAAGUCGGAGAGAAGACCAGACAAAGAUCCUCUGUUGUUGUGGCUCACAGGAGGCCCUGGUUGCUCUGCUUGGUCUGGCCUUGUCUAUGAAAUAGGUCCACUAAAUUACAAGAUUGAGAAAUACAAUGGAAGCCUACCCAAGUUGAUCUUAAAUCACUACUCCUGGACAAAGGUGUCCAAUAUAAUAUUUGUAGACUCGCCGGUUGGUACUGGAUUUUCAUAUUCAAAAACUUCAUCAGUAAAUCACUGGAAUGAUUUUAAACAACUGGAUGACCUUUUUCAAUUUUUCAAAAAGUGGCUUAUUAAUUAUCCAGAGUUUAUCUCCAAUCCUGUUUAUAUUGCUGGAGAUUCUUACGCUGGGAUGAUUGUCCCUGCCCUUUUCCAACUAAUCUCAAAUGGGAUUAAGGAAAGCACCAUACCAUCUAUAACUCUAAAGGGAUACAUACUUGGGAACCCUCUAACAGAUCAUUCAACAAACCAAAAUUACAAAAUCCCAUUUACACAUGGAAUGGCACUUAUUUCUGAUGAACUCUACAAGUCCCUGGAGAAUAAUUGCCGAGGAGAGCAUAAGAACAUAGAUCCCAACAAUACCAAGUGUUUGAAAACUUUCCAAUACUACCAAAAGUGCAUUGCAGGAAUUCAUGAAAAUCAUAUUCUAGAACUGGAUUGCCCUCGUGAUCGUUCUCUAAAACCUCAUAAAAUUAGAAGAUGGUUUAAUCAAAUGAAUUCUCAAGUGUUUCUCCUUUUUGAUGAUGAUGAUGAUUCACCAUUUCCUCCAUUCGGUUGUCGAAACUAUGAUCACCAGCUUUCUCGUUAUUGGGCUAACAAUGGUGAUGUUCGCAAAGCACUUCACAUAAGAAAGGCAAGAUGGACUCCGACCUCGACAACAUCAUCAACGGCGCCGGCGCCAAGAGGAGCAAGCGCCCCAGAGCGGGGGCGCAGAUGACUGACCAGCCGGGCAAAGGCCCCAAGAGGUCCAAGAAAACACCUCCCCUCGCUCCGCCGGUUUCGAGCUCCAUCGCUGCGGCAACUUCCCAGGCCGGUGCUUCCACAACGGCGCCAUCCUCGCAGGUCGUCGCCUCGGGAGUGGCGCCGACUUCGCUUGUUGGUCCCUCCGCUAUGGCUGAGUCCUAACCCCCCGUGGCGGUUCAGUCCUCCUUAGGUCCGACUUCUAGAAGGCCUUCUGCUUCUCGAGCACAGAAGCUAUCAGUCUCCACCCACAUGGAUGCAUAUGUGGUUGAUAAUGCUGCUGGGUCCCAUGGAUCUACGCUGGUCUCGGAUGUUAUGUCCCGGAUCGACCAGAGCUAUGGCAGUCUCGAAGCUCCCCAAUAGCAGUGCUUAAAUGACACCCGAGACUGCACUUUUCUCUACGAGAAGAGUAUCGAGCAUACUGCCGCGGUGAGUAUCCUUCUAUAGUCCUUCCUUUUCUGCUUAUAAUCACACUGACCUGGAGCUAAUGGUGGUUUUUUCCUUUUUUCAGGCUCUUGCCUUCACUGCCCAGCUCAACUAUAAGCUGAACAAUGAGGUCCACUCGAGCAAGUCUCAUGCUCAGGAAGCGAAGGAUCUCCAGCUCAAAGCAUGCGAUGAUCUGAAGGCAGCGAAUGCGAAGCUUGAGGCAGGAGCCAAGGAACGUGAAGACAUGGCCACCGAGCUCGGGAAGCUGAAAGCUGAGCUCGAGGAACAUAAGAGGGAGAUCACCCAGCUUCAGGAGACCAACAAGAAGCUUGAAGAGGACAAGGCUGCCACCUUCGAGAUCAUGGAGGAUGAAAAAACUCGCCUCCUUGCUGAAUACAAAGAGAAGAAGGAUCAAGCGAUUGACUCUGCUAUGUACCGAAUGUGGGCCUACAAUGAAGAUCUGGACACCAGCUUCUUAGGUCCUCACGAGGCGCCGCUUCUUGAAAGGUGGAACGCUCGGCUCGAGAAGGAAGAGGCUGAGCAGCUCGAGAAGGAGAAGGCUGAGCAGCUCGAGAAGGAAAAGGCUGCUCGGGACGCCGUUUCGGAGGGAGCCCAAGAGGAUAGCCAUGCUAUUCGUCCUGAGGAAUCCGGUGCUGCAGAUGCUGAGAAGGCCAAGGAGACUCCUCUUUCUUAGAUCUGAUCUCGGGGAAACCAUCUAUUGGGGCUGCGUCCCCUUAUUUCUGUAAUUAUUUUAAUUUAUGCCCUCGGGGCUGAUACAAUUUCUUUAAAUAUUACUCAUAUAUGCUUUACAUUUCUUGGCUCGAAAUAUUUGGCACAUUUUAUAUUGAUGAAUCAAUUAUGUUUAUUUAGUCAUACAAA